AUGAUGCUAUAUCCUGUCAAGGUCUGUUUGAGCCGACAUGCCGAGUUCAAUGACCGUUCUAUCAAAAGAAACUCAGCAGGCCAAGUAAACACCACAGCUGCACAUCCAAUUCACAUCAAAUUACCCACCUGUCAAGAUGACUUACUGGUAUUAAUUGGUGAUUGCGUUGAGAAAGAGUACAAAACUGGUCGUAACCGGUGA